UUGACAACCCUGGCCGGGCGCAAAUGCGGAGCUAAACAAAAACCGAAAAACUUAAGAAUUGCCUGAAAAACCCCGGGUAUUACGAGUGAGCCAUGGACACGGAGGAGGGAAAACGAGGACGCGGUCGUGGGCGAGGCACCAGGGCGCGUGGGCGUGGCCGGGGCCGUGGACGCGGUCGUGGCAAGAAAAUCGACGAGAGCAGUAUCGCCGAUGCCGCCGCAGCAGCAGCCCUGGCAGCCAGCAGUUGUGCAGCCCUGGAGGACAGUCCGGGGCGAUUGGAGCCACCGGAGGAUUCGGCAAUGCAGGAUCUGGACAAGGAGGGCGACAUGGAGGUGGUCAACGCCCUGGAGGAGCCCACAUUGCCGCAGGGCGCACAAGGAACCAUUGCUGUGGGCGAGGAGAUGACGCCGCCGACGCCGCAGCCACAGGUCCUGCAGCAGGUGCCUCCGCCAGUGCUCAGCCAAACAAUUGACAUGGAGGCGGACAUAUCGCAGCUGGAGGCGCCCACCUUUACCACACUUUCUCGCGGACCUCCCGAGCCCAUGCUGCGCCUGAAGUGGAACCACAAGGUGAGCCUGAUUGGCGAGAAGGUGCUCAACCCGAUGAUCCACUGCUGCGAUCAAUGCGACAAGCCGAUUCUCGUCUACGGACGGAUGAUACCCUGCAAGCACGUCUUCUGCCUCAAGUGUGCCCGCGCUGAGCCCAUCAAGAGCUGUCCCCGCUGCACGGACAAAGUGCUCCGUGUGGAGCAGAGCGGCCUGGGCACCGUGUUCAUGUGCACGCACGGCGGCAGUCGAUACGGAAGCUCCGGCUGCCGGCGAACCUAUCUCUCGCAGCGGGACCUGCAGGCGCACAUCAAUCACAGACAUGUGGCGCCGCAGCCACCACCGUUGAAUCAACUGCCACAGCUGGCGUCCAUGGCGGAGCAGCCGAAAAUGACGGAUCUGGGCGGCGUCGGUCUGGGCCUGGAGUUGCACAAGCAGCGCAAGCUCUCCGAGUCGUCUGUCCCCGUGUCCGUUUCCGCCUCCAUUGCCCGCCCCAUGUCACGACCAUUGACCGGCGUCGGGGGCAUCGGUAGCAUACCGCCGCCAGGAUCCGCAGCUGCCCAAAAUGCCAUCCAUGGUGGCCACUCCACGCUGACGCUGGCCAAUUUGACCAGGAUCAACAAUGCCAAUGCCCAGGACUGUCAUCAGGGCAAGGCCUCGCUGCACCACAGCCUCAAGAAGGGUCCGCCCCACCAGUCCGAGUCGGUGGCUGAUGCCUCCUACUACAGCAGCGUGCUUGCCUCCUUUGGCAGUGCGGGCACAGGAUCGGGAUCGGGUUCAGGGGCGCCGGGAGGCGUGUCGGCCGGCGGACCUCCAACUGGAGCAAAUGCCAGCCAUUCCGCUGGUGGUCCAGGUGUCCAGGGUGGUGGCUCCGGCUCCGCAGAGACGUCAGCUGGUGGCUCGAGUAGCAACUGGCAGCAAUCGCAAUACUACAGAUAAGGGGCGCAACAAUCCACAGGGGCAGCAGAUUUUUACGCAGGCACGGCUUUAAUUUAAGUGAACUAGCAUGUAUGUUAAGAAGAAAAUGAUUAAAAGUUCUUUACGGGCUUAGAACUACCCGAAAAUUAAAA